AUGGGUGCUGAUGAUUGUGAAACCCUACAUGGUUUUAGAGCUGGUUGUGCUAUCACAUUAGCCCUUACUGGGGCUGAUUUGUGUGAAAUCAUGGAUCAUGUUGGUUGGAAUCGUCGCCACACAGCUCCCUACUAUAUGCAGCUGGCCAAAGUUUUGCGCGCUGAGGGUGCAUCCGCAACAUUGGCUGAUCCGGAUGUUAUCAACGUUGUGAAUCCUUGGCAAGAUGUCAAUACAUUAAGC